CAGAUUAAUGUCCUUCUAAGACUAACUUCAUUGGAUCCACACUCAAGAAGACUACCAGUUUUCCUGACCCCGCUACAUCUCUGUGAAGUGCCAAGGCCUUAAGACUUGGUCACUGUAUAUAUGCCUUGCUUCCUGUUUCCUUGGGAAGCAUGAGCCUUUUGGGAUUUUGGAGAAGAAAACAAGAUAACUUCACAAGGAAAACCAGACACUGAAAAGGUAGCCCAGUCUCUGAAGAGUUAGAGCAUAAACAUGACGGACAGUGGCCUUAGGGAUCCUGCACAGGACUCUCAAAAGGAUUUGGAAAACGAUCCAUCAAUAAAUUCUCAGGCACAGGAUGCCAGAAUCACAGAAAGUAAUACUGAAGAAGCAAAGACCCCAUACCUUGCAUCCGAUCUUAAGGAAGACCACCAACAGGUAGGGGCAGAAGGUUCGGAAAGUGCAGACACAGGUGCUAAGUCAGAAGGUUCAGAGGAAAUAGAGUUUGAAAAAUAUCAAAAGGAUGAAACAGAGCCUGAGAACAGCCCUAGUUUUCAAGAUGGAGAACAAGGGUACCCCCGCCCUUCAGAACCUCUGCAUGAAGAAGCCUUGGAUCCAGAUCCUGAAUGCUCUCCUGGUGACGAAGUAGGAACUGCGGAUGCACACUUGGGGAGCAGCCCUGCAACCCUCCCUGAGGGAGCAGGGGACAGAUCUGGAGCUUUUCAGGGUCCACAUGCUACAGAUUCUACAGAUGCCCAGAGUCCUAGUCAUCCCAGUGCAGGCCCAGAGAGCCAGGAUUUCCUGAGGAGACGACUGCCUGUAUCAGAUGUUGGAAGCCAUGAAGAGGAAACAGAAACAGUGAAAGAAAACAAAGAAGUUGCACAGGAUACAACGAGAAAGACUAACAAAAAGAGUUUAUGGAGCUACGGUUCCAUACUUCUCUCCUGCCUGGUUGUAAUUCUUGUGCUAAGUUCUGUUCACAGCUACUAUUCCUCUCCAGCCCAGCAAGUACCCAAAAAUCCAGCCUUGGAGGCCUUCCUGGCUCAUUUUGGCCAGUUGAAGGAUACAUUUCCAGGUCAGAGUUCUUUCCUAUGGCAGCGAGGACGUAAGUUUCUCCAGAAGCACCUCAAUGUUUCAAACCCUACCGAGCCAGCCACCAUCAUCUUUACAGCAGCUCGAGAGGGAAGGGAGACCCUGAAGUGCCUGAGCCACCAUGUUGCCAAUGCCUACACCUCUUCCCAGAAAGCGACUGCUAUCUCCAUCAAUGGGGCUGAAAGAGCCUUGCAAGACAGUGACACAGUGAAGCUGUGGGUUGACUUGGAGCUCAGCUCUGGAUUUGAGAAUGGCCACAAGGCUGCCGUAGUACACCACUUUGAAUCCCUCCCUGCAGGCUCCACUUUGAUCUUCUACAAGUAUUGUGAUCAUGAGAAUGCCGCCUUUAAAGAUGUGGCUCUUGUCCUGACGGUCAUGCUGGAGGACGAAACAUUAGAAGCAAAUGUUGGCCCCAGGGAAACUGAAGAAAAAGUGAGAGAUUUACUCUGGGCCAAGUUUACCAACUCUGAUACACCUAACUCCUUUAGCCGCAUGGACUCAGACAAGCUGAGUGGGCUGUGGAGCCGAAUUUCACACCUGGUGCUGCCCGUCCAGCCAGUCCAGAACAUAGAAGAGCAAGGGUGCCUUUUAUAAAGCUAGGCAAGUUGGUUAUAGAAGGCCUGCAGGCCUGCUUACGAAGACUCCAGUUCCUUUGGACAGAGGUUGACAAAUGAGAGGAACCAUCCGGAAAGACACACAAACUUGUUUCAGAAAAGAAGCUUUCAUUUUUUUUUUUUUUUACAUUUUGUAAAAUCUUUCUAAUCUAAACUUCAAUGAGCUGACAAUUGACCUGACAUUUUUUCUUUGCCUUUUCAAGCAAAUCGGGCUUAAAAUACAGCAUGAUACAUAAAAGUGAAGAAUUUACGUAGCAGAAUUGUUGCACAGGAAGAUAUACUUCUCAGAGAAACCAGAGUGAUUGUUGUCUUGAGGGGAACAUAAAGAGCCUUUGGAUAGUGUUUGGACUUGAAGUAGUUAUAAUUGUAAAUUAAUGGUGAUUUUUAGAAAUCUUUUCUAUCACAUAGUAUUUUUAAGACUUUGACAGUGUAGUUGUAGAGUUAUGUCUUACACAUAUUUGCACUUUUGAAUAGUAUGAAAACAAGAAAUUAGAGUUCAGCUCACCAAAUCCUUGUCUAAAAACUUAGAGCAUAUAAGGCACUAUGCCUUUAUUCCGUUAAUGAGCUGAGGUAAAAACAUCUAUGUUCAAAGAUGUUCUGAAGUAUUGGAAUCAAUGUGGAAAUUGUAACCAUCAGAAAUGAAGAAACCCCAGUUGGCUGUAUCUUUGGUUUAGCUCUCUUGAGUGAUGUAGAACCAUGAUUUUCAAACUGUGCCUAGCCUCCCAACAUCCUCCCCUUUGUACAAGAAAACUUCUGAUUUUGAUUAUAUUUUGGAGUUCUCUGUAAGAUUUCAUUAGAACAGAGAGUUUCAUUGAUGAAGAAGUUUGAAAACCAUUGAUUGAGUGAAAGCACCUCUUAGAAAGGAAAUCAAUAGAAAAGAAAAUGAAAGCAUUAAAACUUUCUUGAGUAGGAAGAUGAAAUGUAGGUAUGAAAAGAUACAGACCUUCAGAUGAGUUCUGGAAGGACAAACCUGCAUUUAUUGGUAUGUGUCUCAUGCCCUGGUUCAUUCUGCUGAUCAUCGUUUCUGUCUCCCCUCAGUGGAGUCUUAUAAUUGUCUACAAUGAGAGUUUAAGUGCUAUUUCAGAAGAAAAGAUUUUAAUAACUAAUUUCACAGCAGCAUUGGAAGGACUUUACCAGUGUAUUUGCUGUGUUUUGUUUAGGACAUUACAUAAUGCAGUUCAUUUCUUGACAACUAGUCAGAAUACCAUUAGGGUAAAGAAUUGGAGAAAUAUAAGAGAAUGUUAUACAUAGUGAAAGGAAAGAGACAUGGUAAAUUUUCAGUGGUUUAAUGGCCAAUAUCAAUUGUUAGGCUAUGUUUUAUGAUUGUAAAAUAGACUGGGGAUGGUGGCUGUUGAUUGACAUUUGAAUUCUUGGAAUCAGAACUCUAGUAUAAAGUAUGAUCUUGACCUAACAAAAUGCCUGUUCCAUGACAUGGACUAGAAAGCCACUCAGUUUUGGCCUGUCUGCUGCUAUGAGAAAUUAUGUAAUUAAAACAUGGAAGAAUUUUAGGAAACACUAAGAAGAUUUUUAUUGAUACUUAAAAAGACAGGGAGGGAUACACAAAGACAGGGAGGGAUCUACCUGAAAAUAUUUGCCAUGGAAAGGAUACAAAUUUGUUUUGACCAGAGCUCAGCGUUCUUUUUUGAGUACAGGGAUAUCUGUGCAAGAACAUGUAUAUGGGAUUUUGAAGGAAUUUUGCAAUAGAUUUGAGAAAUGAUCCUAAACACAGAGUUAAAGCAUAAUGAAUGUAAUACCAGUGUCAACCUCAAACCAGAGGAAAUUGCAGAAAAAUUUAUAUGUCAUAUUUGAAUUUUGUUCUGUAUUUCUUGAUUUUUGUUUGUUUUGUGAGAUAGGCUUUUGUCAUAUAGCCCUGACUGGCCUGGUCCUCACAUUGCAGCCCAUACUGGCCUUGAACUCACAGCAGUUCUCUUGCCUCAGCUUUCCUGAGGGCUGGGAUUAUCCAGCUUUUACUUUUAGAUUUUAUAUGCUAGCAUUACAUUAUAUAAAACCAAGGUGCCUUGUAGAGCUGUUAUGUUGGUCUGCUGACCUGUGCUACCUCAGAUCUAUAAAGGAACCGGUUUAAAAUAUGCAUGUACCUGAUCUCUGUCAGUAACUCAGAUCACAGGUAGAACAGGUAAUUAUUUCUUCAUUCAGUUCAAUAUAUUUUACAUUAUUUGCUUUCAACAUAAUUUAGGAUAAUAAAUUUCCAACUUUUUAAAAACAUUUUGUUUUGCUGUUUACCUUUGUUAAAUAUACUUUCCUUCCACAUAUAAGUGCAAUCAACUGAGACUAGUCAGUUUUCUGUCCACUAUUUCAAAAGCCAUUAUUUAAAUUUAAUUUUUAAUUUAAUUUUUUUCAAUACUAAGGAUUGAACCCAGGGCCUUGACAUGCUAGGCAAGUGCCCUACCAUUGAGCUACAUCCCCAGACUGCUCAAAAAUCAUUUUAAAAGGAUUAUUAGCUUUGGGAUCAGAAUCAAAUAUUCUUUUUUUCUGUUUCUGAGAUAGGGUCUCUACACAGCCCAGCCUAGCCUUGAGCUAAUAAUUCUCAAGCCUUAGCAUCCUACGUGAUGGGAUUAUAGGAGUAUGUCACCAUACCUGGCUUAUUGUAAUUGUUUUUGAAAAAACUACUAUAUUUAAAAAUGUACAAAUAAUUGAACUCUAUUUUCUAAUGUACUUAAUUUCUAGCCCAUUUGUUUUUUAUAUUUUUCAAAUUUUCAGGGUUUUUUUUUUUUGUGUGUGUGUGUGUGAUCUAAUAGUUUAUCUUUCAUUAUUUGUGAUAAUUUGCAUGACUUAGAAAAAUGAUCUGUGGAUCCAUGAUACUAAAUCCAAUACCUGAACUUCACAGUUUAAUAACAGAGAACAGCUUUUACUAUAUUAUGUAUUAAUGGAAAUCACUUCUUGAGUAAUACUGGAGUUCCAGAAGCAAUCAGGGAAAUUAGAAACUGACUUUGGACUUGGAUUUUUCCCUUUCAAGUAAAAUUUAUGUUUUUUUAGUUAGUUUUCAGAGAUUGGCAUCGAAGUUCCAGGGAGUUCCGUAUCACUGAAGGUGUCAAGGAUAACUGUUUUUAUUUUUAAAAUUUAAAAUAAUUUUUAAUAAACUUCAUCUGGAAGCCCCCAAACCUACAAGUCAGUGAGGCUCAGUACCCUCGUGCCUUCCCCUCAGCUUAUGGCCCAGUUUAACAGCUGGUUGCUGAUGUGGCUUUGUCUCUCUCACUUGUUAUUUAUACUCUCACUUGUUAAAGUCAGGAAGCAUGGUCAGCAUUGAUGUUAGGAUGACAGACAAAUGCAGCCUGUGAAAAAAAAUAAUUCAGCAAGAUAAUUUUCACUAGCCAUAUUUAGCCAAGAUGCUCGAAGCCCAUUGAUUUUUGCCUUUGUGUACUUAAAGGAAUGACUAGGCUUUGACAGUGUUGAUGGCUGAUUCCUUGGUGUUUUCCUUCUAUCUCACAUCAUCGUGACUGGUCAUCACAAUUGAUUUUUCCAUUUAUUUCCAUAUCGAUGUUGAAUGUGCCUUAUUCAAAUCAAUUGUCUGGUUAUAAAAAAAAAUAAAUCUCCUUAAUUUUUCUUAGCUGACAUCAUCGUGACUGGUCAUCACAAUUGAUUUUUCCAUUUAUUUCCAUAUCGAUGUUGAAUGUGCCUUAUUCAAAUCAAUUGUCUGGUUAUAAAAAAAAAUAAAUCUCCUUAAUUUUU